AUGGCAACCUGGGCUCAUUCAAGCCCUCAACUGACAAAGCUGGAGGCCUUCAAAAGACAUGUCAACCUGAAGCACAAUCUGGCCCUCGCCGACUAUGAGCAAUUACACAAGUGGUCUGUGAAUGAGACCGAGUUAUUCUACCAGGAAAUAUGGGACUUCUGUGGCGUCGUGUACUCAGCGCCUCCUAGUCGAGCUGUCAGUGAUAGCUCCCGCAUGUGGCCGCGACCAGAGUGGUACUCCGGAGCCCGGCUAAACUUCACCGAGAACGUGCUCGCCGUGGGUCUGGCAGCACAUCCCGACAAGAUCGCCGUGUCGGCUUGUCGCGAGGCGGGCACGCAGUGGAAGCAUCUGACGUGGAAGCAGCUGGAGCGUGAGAUAGCUCGGUACACGAGCGCGCUGAGAAUUGCUCAUGUCAAGGCGAUGGAUCGCGUGGCAGCUGUUAUGACAAACUCUCUAGAGGCGGUGUUGAUUCUGCUCGCCUGUGCCAGCAUCGGCGCCAUCUUCUCUUCAACUUCACCCGAGAUGGGGGUGAAUGGGAUUGUCGAGAGGUAUCUUCAGUCUCAGCCCAAGGUCCUGUUCCUCGAAUCCCGUGUCCUCUACGGCGGCAGGUCACGAGACCUCCGCAAGAAGCUGGCAACUGUCGUUGAAAGACUGAAGCAUCAAGGCACUGGACUCCAGCAGGUCGUCGUCAGCGGCCCAGCUUGGGAAGAUGACACUGUGUCCGGAACGACUGGCCAGCCAAAAUGCAUAUGUCACUCCGGAGGCGGUGCGCUUCUAAAGCAUAAGAUGGAUAUGGCGUUGGCCAUGGACCUUGGCAUCGACUCAAUAUACUAUCAGUAUACAAGCACUGGGUGGAUGAUGUGGAAUAUGCUCGUGGGAGCUCUCAGCGUUGGUUGCAAGAUUAUUCUUUACGACGGGAGCCCGCUCCAUCCGAGACCGUCUUACCAAUUAAGGUUUCUAGAAGAACAAGGCGUCACACAUUGGGGCACGAGUCCAAAAUUCCUCGGGACGCUCAUGAGAGACCUUAACGGUCCGCUACCGUCGCUGGCAGCCUUACAGACAGUGCUCGUGUCUGGCUCGGCGCUUUCCGAGGAACUCUGUGACUGGUUCUACACAGUCUUUCCGAAAGAAGUCGGUCUCCAUAAUGGUUCGGGAGGGACGGACAUGCUUGGAGGCAUUAUUGGCGGCAAUAAUCUCAUUCGGAUACAUGGUAACGAACUUGCGGCUGCAGCUCUGGGCAUGAAGGUAGAGAUCUGGGACGAGAACGGCAACAAUAUCGAUGACUCCGGACAGAAAGGGGAGCUAGUCAUCACGAAACCGUUCCCGAGUAUGCCGGUGACGUUCUGGGGGGAAGGAGGAGAUGAAAAGUACCGAAAUGCGUACUUUGACACCUUUCCUAAUGUCUGGUGCCAUGGAGACUUUGUCAGCAGGGAUAUCAAGACCAAGGGCUACCUAGUCCAUGGUCGCAGCGACGGUGUCCUCAACCCUGGCGGAGUUCGGUUUGGCACUGCCGAGAUAUACAACGUGGUCAGCAGAUUCGCCGAGGUGGAUGACAGCAUCGCCGUAGGCCAGCGGCGACCCCAGGAUCAAGACGAGCAGGUUCUACUGUUCAUCAAGAUGAGGGAUGGCAUAAAUUUCGAUGAGGCGCUAGAGUUAAAGAUCCGCGAUGCCAUAAAGACGUUGUUGAGUCCGAGGCAUGUCCCAGCGUAUAUCCUUCACGUCAGGGACAUCCCGUACACCAUGAGCGGUAAGAAGGUGGAGAAGGCCGUCAAGAGCGUCGUGAUAGGGGAAAGAGUGCAGAAUGCUGGCGCAAUAAGUAAUGCAGAGUGUUUAAAGGAAUAUGAGAAGUAUAUAAGCCUGCUAGAUAUAAAAUGGGCUGCUAAGCUAUAA